GGCCCCCCCCGCCACACUCUCCGCGCUCGGGAGCGAGAAGCCGCCAGCGCCCCCGCCCCGCCGCCGCCGCCGCCGCCGCCGCAGCGCCUCGGCCGCCAUUCGGCACCGAAACUUUCCAGCGCCCGCGCCUCUCGGGACUCGGCGGCGGCGGGGCGGGGGCGGCCCAGGGGCAGCACGCUGCUGCUGCUCCGGGGCGCCGGGCCCUCCUCGGCCGCGGCUCGGCCCGGCUCGGCGACGGCCGACCGGAGGGAGGCUCGGGCGCGGCGGCGCCCCACAAGUUGCCCUGCCUGCGGCGAGCUACAAGCUCCGCGGUUCUUUCCCAACACCUUGCCUCUCCCGACACCUCCCUGCCAGUCUGGACACCGCACUAGCCUGUCCGACCAGCAGACGACCUAGAAAACGCACGUGAGGUAGCGGAAGGCGGGAAGGCGGCGUGAACUCGCCCCCUGGAAGGAAGGAGGGACCGCCCCCCCCAGCCCCGCGUGUCUCUGAGCAGGCCCUUCGCGGUGGCACGCGCGCAUGCCGGGGAGCCCACUGGUCCGCGGGUCCGCAGAUGAAGUCCCCGUAAAGAGGGUGCCUCCUGCUUCCUGAAGGCCUCGUCACCUCGAGGUGAGGCUAAGAUGAGCAUAACGAGCGACGAGGUGAACUUCCUGGUGUAUCGGUACCUCCAGGAGUCAGGUUUUUCCCACUCGGCGUUCACGUUCGGGAUCGAGAGCCACAUCAGCCAGUCCAACAUCAACGGGACGCUCGUGCCGCCCGCCGCCCUCAUCUCCAUCCUGCAGAAGGGGCUGCAGUAUGUGGAGGCCGAGAUCAGCAUCAACGAGGAUGGCACCGUCUUUGACGGCCGUCCCAUAGAGUCCCUGUCCCUGAUCGACGCGGUGAUGCCCGACGUGGUGCAGACGCGGCAGCAGGCUUUCCGGGAGAAGCUCGCUCAGCAGCAGGCCAGCGCGGCGGCGGCGGCGGCAGCGGCGGCCACAGCAGCCACAGCAGCCACAGCGACGCCUGCAGGUGUUUCCCAGCCCAACCCACCAAAGAACGGAGAGGCCACGGUCAACGGGGACGAGAACGGAGCCCACGCCCUAAAUAACCACUCCAAACCGAUGGAAAUAGACGGGGACGUGGAGAUCCCGCCCAGCAAAGCCACGGUGCUCCGGGGCCACGAGUCUGAGGUCUUCAUCUGUGCCUGGAACCCCGUCAGCGACCUGCUGGCCUCCGGGUCCGGGGACUCAACGGCGCGCAUCUGGAACCUGAACGAGAACAGCAACGGGGCGUCCACGCAGCUGGUGCUGCGGCACUGCAUCCGGGAGGGCGGCCACGACGUCCCCAGCAACAAGGAUGUGACCUCGCUGGACUGGAACAGCGAGGGGACGCUGUUGGCCACAGGCUCCUACGACGGCUUCGCGAGGAUAUGGACGGAGGACGGGAACCUGGCCAGCACCCUAGGGCAGCACAAGGGGCCCAUCUUCGCCCUGAAGUGGAACAAGAAGGGGAACUACAUUUUGAGCGCCGGCGUGGACAAAACCACCAUCAUCUGGGACGCCCACACGGGGGAAGCCAAGCAGCAGUUCCCGUUUCACUCCGCCCCCGCCCUCGACGUGGACUGGCAGAACAACACCACCUUCGCCUCCUGCAGCACCGACAUGUGCAUCCACGUGUGCCGGCUCAGCUGCGACCGCCCCGUGAAGACCUUCCAAGGACACACCAAUGAGGUCAACGCGAUCAAGUGGGACCCUUCCGGAAUGUUGCUGGCGUCCUGUUCGGACGACAUGACGCUGAAGAUCUGGAGCAUGAAGCAGGACGCGUGCGUGCACGACCUGCAGGCCCACAGCAAGGAGAUCUACACCAUCAAGUGGAGCCCCACCGGGCCGGCCACCAGCAACCCCGGCGCCAACAUCAUGCUGGCCAGCGCGUCCUUCGACUCCACGGUGCGGCUGUGGGACGUGGAGCGCGGCGUGUGCGUGCACACGCUCACCAAGCACCAGGAGCCCGUCUACAGCGUCGCCUUCAGCCCCGACGGCAAGUACCUGGCCAGCGGCUCCUUCGACAAGUGCGUGCACAUCUGGAACACACAGAGUGGAAGCCUGGUGCACAGCUACCGAGGCACUGGCGGCAUCUUCGAGGUGUGCUGGAACGCCCGCGGGGACAAAGUGGGCGCCAGUGCGUCCGACGGCUCUGUGUGCGUGUUGGAUCUGCGGAAGUAGCCGGGACGUGCUGCCACGGAGAGCGGGCGAGAACGCCAGCGGACCGGUGGACGGCGUGGGGGGGUGGCCGCAGCCUUCGGACUCGACCCUGUCGGCCUCAGCCCCGCGCGGCCGAGGCGCGCUGGCGUGGACCUUGAAGUCAGCUCAUCCCUGGCCACGGAGCCUCUGUUUUCCCGUAGUCCUCAUCCAGACGUUGGACACACACACACACACACCUGUCCCAGGGGCAGCUCGGGCCCCCCUGGGGCGUGCAGCCACCAGCCGCGUGGGGCGCGGUCUGGUUCCCACCGGACAGGCUGAUGGCCGAGGCAGGAGGGGGGCGGAAAGCUGUGCCAAAAAAAAAAAAAACCCAGAAGGAAAAAAAAAUGCUGUGAUAAAAACCGAAACGGGAGGGGAAAAAAAGAAAAAAACAACCUGGAAGGGAUGGAGAAGGUCUCCUGUGGGGCUUCUGCCGUUUCCCCCGAGCAAGUGGAUGCCGUGCUGCUAUCGUGGAGAAGGACGUCCCAAGACCAGUCUGCGGCGGUGACGUGCGCGACUUCGUGGUCCUGCCCCGGCCUGGCUCCCAGCGCCGCCUCGGUCCCGGGGCCUUAGUGCCGGCGGGAGUCCCGCCCUCCACGCCGGGGCGGGUUUCGCUCGGUUCCCCUUCCCUCCGCCUUCCAGUGGGGUCUCGAUGUGCAGACAUGACGACAGUCUUUGCCAGACAGCUCGGUGGCCCCCUCCCUCCCUCCUUCCCCCCUCUCCCGGUCUCUCCGCCCCUUAUCACGGUCACUGCAGAUCUGAGGUCUCACGGGCACUCCCAGCGCGCGAAACAAGUGCUUUACUCGAGGAAGAAGGCAGGGCAGGGGGACUUUUUACAGGAGAAAAAAAAAUGACUUAUAAGAGAAAGAGCCUGGAGUAUUUUUGGAAAAAAAAAUAUUUUUAUGUUAAAACGAUUUUAAAAUCCUGAAAUGGCCAUCAGA